AUGGAUUAUAUUCUUGUUGAAUUAUCAUCACGAUUCUUUGUGCCAUUGCGGCUUCUCCUGGACCGUGAACCAUACGAUAAGGAUAAUUCCGGACGACUUACGACGCCCUACAAGAUGGCAAAACGUCAAAUCAUCGGCCAAGAUUUGGAGCCUCUCCAAGCUAACAAAGUGCAUAUCUCCAGCAUCGACACACCGGAAUUCGAUACGCUGAAAAAAGAUGUGCACGAUACUAUUGUACAAAGGCAGUUUAGUGAGGAUGCUCACUUCCUUGAUCUAGUCAAGGAGCACUUUGCUACUGCCCAAGGAUCCAACAAUGGAGAUGUGCUCCUCUCUCUGGUCAAUUGCAGCAUUAAGACGGAGGCUGAGAUUCGACAGUUUAUUAACGACCAGGCAACGGCCUCGUACGACAUCGACCAGGACCGGGAAUGGACCAAGUUCAUUAAUGAGCUUAAGGACGCAGGCUUCCCCGAAUUGGUAAUUAAGUUUCUGUCCAAGCCUUCUGGACCACUACGUGCAAGCCUCUGCACUGAGUGGCAUUAUCCAACUUUGCAGACAAGCAAGCCUACCUUUGGAUUCACACGAGAUCGCACUAAUCCGUGCUUGAGAUGGGAAUGGAGAAAGAUCGAGGGCGCCUCGCGACUCCGGGCCCACGAGAAAAUCUCUGGCGAGAUUAUCCCUCUCGAUGACGUACGCAAGGUCCUCGAGCAUGAAUUGAUCGGGGACGACCAGUUACGAGCCGCCUUAGGUGCUCUCGAGGAUGGCACUGAAAGUGGCUUUCGGUUAUACCUGCAGCGCUGUUCUGCCAAAGGGCUUGCAACUAGGUCGACUACAGAAUGGAAGUAA